AUGCAUGAUGUUUGCAAUUAUGACACAUACUUCGUUCAGAAGUACGAUGCUCUUGGGGUUUUGGGUCUUCUUCAAAAGCAAAAACUUACAGCUGCUUUGUGGAUGCUUGCUUAUGAGGCAUCUGCAGACCAGGUUUGGCAUGCUUUUUUCGGAGUUGCUAGAUCUCAAAACGACCUCAACGAGCUUGGUCAAUCCCUGGUAUUCAAUGAUGUCUUGAGAGGUCAUUCCCCCCAGAUCACGUAUCAAAUCAACAAUACUGUAUACUCGAGUGGGUACUACCUAGCCAACGAAAUUUAUCUGAGGUGGACGACAUUCGUCAGAACAAUUCUGAAUCCCCAAUUGGAGAAGGAAAAAAGCUUUACUGCCCAUCAAGAGGGUUAUAAGAAAGAUGUGGAAAGGUGUUUUGGUAUUCUGCAAGCUUGUUGGGCAAUUAUUAGGGGUGCUGCUCGUAUGUUUGAUGAAGAAGUGCUUCAAAGCAUUAUGAUGACUUGCAUCAUCCUCCAUAAUAUGAUUGUGGAGGAUGAGUAUGAUUAUAAUGCCCCAGAGAUGUUUGAACUCGAUCCCAUGAACGAGGCAUUGACAAGAAUUUAUGAACGGCCCGUGGGUGCAAAUGGACAACCACUGGAGCACGAACCGUUGAUUAGGGAUGGUCGAUACAACAACCCUAUGAUUGACCGUUAUCAGAAAAUGCAAUCUUCUUAUAUUCACGAGAGACGUCAAGUUGAUUUGAUCAAGCACUUAUGGGCGAUGAAAAGCAAUCAUGGUGGAUGA